GCCAAGCUACUCUCCGACUUCAAUAUAUAUAUUUCCCCCCGUCCCCUGUCUCCUUCAACACCAAACCUCCAGAGCUCCAUCAAUCAAUCAAUCAUGUCGUCGGAACCCAAAAUCCGUUUCGGCAUAAUGGGCUGCGCCGACAUAGCCAAGAAGGUCUCCCGCGCAAUCAGUCUGGCACCCAACGCCGAGCUCUCCGCCGUCGCCAGCCGAGCUCUGGAAAAAGCCACCGCAUUCGCCGCAGCCAACAACUUCCCUCCCGACGCCAAGGUUUACGGCUCCUACGAGGCCCUCCUCGACGACCCAGAAAUCGACGCCGUCUACAUCCCAUUACCCACAACCUUCCACCUCAAAUGGGCUUCCUUGGCCGCGCAGAAGAAGAAGCACGUCCUCCUCGAGAAGCCCGUCGCCGUCUCCGUCCCCGAAUUGGACCAGAUUCUCGCCGCCUGUGACGCCAACGGCGUCCAGUUCAUGGACGGAACCAUGUGGCUCCACCAUCCCCGCACCGCCAAGAUGAAGGAAUUCCUCACGUCCGAAGACGGGUUCGGGGAACUCAGAACAGUACACAGCUGCCUUAGUUUUCCCGCCGACGAGUGGUUGCACAAGGACAACAUACGUCUGAAUCCCGAUCUCGAUUCUCUGGGCGCACUCGGCGAUGUGGGCUGGUACUGCGCAUAUUCCAUACUCUGGGCAGCCGACUACGAGCUGCCAAAGACCGUGAUCGCGACGCCGGGAGCUGUUAUCAGCGAGGCCGGAGUGAUCUUAGCUUGUGGAGCUUCUCUACAGUGGGAAGAUGGAAAGUCGGCGACUUUCCAUUGCUCAUUUUUGGCCAAGAUGGAGUCGAGCAUCACUGCUGUCGGGACAAAGGGGAUGACGUUGGAGGUCAACGAUUAUGUGAUUCCGAUUGCGGAGAAGGAGGCCUCUUUCGUCGCGUCUUCGAGCCAGCACGUUGUAUCGACGGAUAUUCCGCAGGAGGCUUGCUUGAUCCGAGAGCUGUCUCGUUUGGUUGGGGAGAUUAAGGUUCAUGGCGGGAAGCCUGAUCUGACUUGGGCGUCUCGCAGCAGGAAGACGCAGCGGGUUUUGGAUGCGGUGAAGGAGUCGAUUGACAACGGGUUUCAGCCUGUCGAGAUUGGAAACUAAUUUGAAUUUUUCAGGGAGAGAGAUUAUGUGCUUGUAUUUUGAUCAACUAAAG